GCGACGUCCCGGGCCGGCCAGGCUGCAAGCCCGAGGAGUUGGCGGCGGUGCGGGCUGCCGCGCGGCGGGUGUGCUCUAUGGACCAUGUGCUGCCACGGAUACCUGAAGUACCUGAGAUGCACAUUUGGGAAGACCUUACCAUCUAAAUGCUAAGCUGGAUCCAGGGCCUGAUGAGGAUGGUUUUGCAACAAGUUGGAAUAAGCAUGCAAUCGGUACUCUGGUCUGGAAAGCCAUAUGGUUCAUCUCGAAGCAUUGUCAGGAAAAUUGGCACUAACUUAUCUCUGAUUCAGUGUCCAAGAGUUCAGUUUCAGCUUACCAGCCAUGAGGCAGAAUGGAGUCCCCAACGCCCAGGCGAGGAGUCAGUGGCGUCGUUUGCCGACGUGGGAUGGGUGGCCACCGAAGAAGGAGAGUGCUCAGCAAGACUAAGGACUGAAGUCAUGCCAAAACCACCCCAUCAGGACUGCCUUCCUUCCCUUGAGAAGUCCCCAAGCAGGCAGAUUUCCUUCCCAAACUUGUCUCCAGAAGAUGCUCCACCGAAGAGUGCAGCCCUGGCCAAUGAGGAAGCACUGCAGAAGAUCUCCGCGCUUGAAAACGAGCUCGCUGCUCUCCGAGCUCAGAUUGCCAAAAUUGUGACCCUGCAAGAGCAACAAAACCUCACUGCAGGUGACUUAGAUUCUACACCUGUUCCUACAGCCCCUCCCCCUCCCCUUCCCCCUCCACCCCCACCCCCACCUCCCCCUCCCCCUCUCCCAGGACUCCACCAAAGUAUGUCUGCUAUUGACCUGAUUAAAUCACGGAGAGAGCAGAAAGCCAAUGCUGGAAAGACUUUGGCUAGCAACCCAAAGAAACCUGAGAAGCCAAACAUGCUAGAAAUCCUUAAAGAUAUGAACAGUGUGAAACUUCGGUCAGUCAAGAGGUCAGAACACGAUGUAAAGCCCAAGCCAGUGGAUGCUAUGGACCCUGCCGCCCUUAUAGCAGAGGCUCUGAAAAAGAAAUUUGCUUAUCGGUAUCGAAACAAUAGCCCAGGUGAACCUGAAAAAGGAAUCGCAAAGUCUGAGUCAGAGGCUACCUCAGAGACAGCCUUGUUUGGGCCACAUAUGUUGAAGUCUACAGGGAAAAUGAAGGCUUUAAUUGAAAAUGUUUCAAACUCCUAAAGGACAAUGAGCUGAGAAAGACUGUCCUGAUUUAGCUGUUGGUUUGCGAGGGCUGCUCUAGCUAGUAGAAAUCACCACUAUUGAGUAAAUGCCUGACUUCAGAAUC